GGUGUCUAGAUCCUAAGUGGUAGCGGAGCGCCUCCGGUUUACUCCACAAGAGAGGCUAACCUCCAUACUUUUUACACACAUCCAUCUUCUAGUGUCCAGCUUACAAGAACUUCUCCAACUUCAAAAGUCUUCGUUCCCCACAUAGAGCUAUUCCCGCUUUGAUCGUGGGGGUCUCGCUUACUCCAAUACUAGGUAGAGUGUAGAGAUGCUUCCCCGACUGCCGCAUACUCUAUUUGGGUCGACAUAUUCUACCUUGAAGAGGUGUCGGCGGAGCUGGAUAGUGUUGCUACCGAGGUCAAUACUCACCUCUAGACUCUAAGCCAUAAACAUGCCCAAAACAUAACUUGAAGCAUAGGUACCCGACAAGUUUCAAAACAAUGUAAAUAGUACGAGUUCCCGAUUGGAAAUAUCCCGAGGCUAAUUCGCCAAGGUUGCGAGAAGUACAAAUAGAACGCAGGCGAGUGGCGUCGAUUCUUACAGGGGGGCAUCCAACAGACCGAGUUCGGUUGACGAAGGUUCAGCAGCUACCUAAUACUUACAUAGUCAAAACCGAGGAUCCAUCAACUAGGACAAGCUGCGAAUGGCUACGACGUUUAACUAUGCAGUACCAAAAAUAUGGUGCGUGCUCCUCGACUGAUCCAGUUUUUGCUUCCCGCGCCAUUAAUACUUACGGUCGCCCUGACGUUUUUCAUCCUCUUACUCUAUCUUUGAUGGAACAGUCGACAUGGCUUAUGAGUGUAAUAUGGCUCCUAUGACGCUUAACGAUCCCGAAGUCGACGAUACGUUCCCAGAGAGGCAUGUUCCCGUCAAUCCUUCUGAAUCCAAGCCACAACCAGAAACUCAAGACGAGCAUGCGCGUGUAGACCUUCCCGCGAGAAAUUUACGAAGGCGGCGUAGACGACGGUCGGAGAGUAUAGAGGGCUACGAGAUGAGGGAUAGAUAUUGGGAAGCUAUGGAUAUUAUCGAACAAGAUCUCACCGAAGCAGCGAAGGCACCCGCCGUUUGGGAUUACGUCUACGAUCCAGUUUGCUUGCCUCCGUCGGGAUUCGCUAAGACGCCCGACAUUCGCCGGCUUGGAAAGCUUCCAAUUCGAAGAGCGUGGAGGCGUCUUAAUAGCCGAGAACGUCCCGACCUAGGAUCAGCGCGGAUAGUUGAAGCUAUUAUGCUAUACGAGAGGGGCAUGAUGCUUUCUCGACAGUUCCAAUGCACACAUUGCCAGAAACGUCAGGGGAUAUCGCCAGGAUGCAUUGUUUUGGAUCCUGACGAAGAAAAGGAAGCUUUAGAGAGCCUUGGCGGGCUUAGGUCAAUAUGCAGCAACUGUCUGUACGAUGGACGACAGUGCGACGCGCAGAUAUCAUCUGGGCGGAAUCAGCCUUCUAGAACGCCAACACCUAGUCAGAUUAAGAGAUCCUCCGCUUCAAAUCCAAUUCAUCUAGAGGUGCUAGAUCUAGUAGACAAGAAGCUAAAGUCGAUAAAGGGGGACGGAAAGGAAGAUGCGGCUACCCGAGCAAAGCAGAUUGAGAUGGCGGCUCUAGAAAUCGCACAGGCAGCACACGAAUGGGGUCUAGGUAUUAAGGAGAAGCGUCGAAAGAAUUUAACCCCAGCAAAUCCUACGAAUUGAGCGUCCGUUUCCGUCUACGAGCAUCACCGAGUGGAUUUAUGACGACUUAAUAUGCUAUGCUGAGUAAAAAGACCCUUAGGAUUUUCGUGGAGGUGCUAUACCUUGGUCGAUUACAC